ACUCUCCCUUCUGAUGUUAAAAGAGCUGGAAGUCUGCUAAACAAUCUACAGAUUUUCUAGUAAUACAAAGUCACAGCAGACACUCUUUCUCAUGCCCAUGGCAACCAGAAGUUUAAAUCGGAUAGUAGCAACAGUGAUGAUUUCUUCUGCUGCGCUCUCUCUCACACCCAAGCCAGCGUUUGCCAACUUAACUCAUCCAGUAUGCCCCGAUUCCAUUAGUUUUGAUGCUAAGGAGAAGAUGAAAACAAUGGGCUACCAGUCCUAUUUCACCAUUCAUAGAUAUGGCAGCGCACAGAAGGGCAAUGAGAUGCCUAAUGAAGAGGUCAAAUGUCGCAACUCCAUCGUUGGAUGGUUCAAGGUCAUCUCCGGGAACUACAAAUGUCCUACAGAUGAUUUGGUGUCAAAUUGGAAUGAAAGUAACUUUGGAGACUUCCCAGUAAAUGAAGAGGGACUGGUGAAAAAGGCACUGGUGGAUUGGAACUACAAGGACCUGGACGUUGAAAAUAAAUAUAAGGUUUGUUACCGGGACGUUAAAGUGGGUUCAGGUGCUAUUGCAACAAAUGAUCCUAUUUUACAAGUGAGAAUCAACUUUGUUCUUUAUAACGAUACCCAAAGCACCGUUUAUAACAGUUCAGAGCAAGAUCCUUCUCCGGCAGUAGUCCACUUGUGCGAUGAUGGAACUCCAUAUGGUCCAGCAUUUAAUAGAGCGAUUGAAGGAAUGCGAGCAGGAGGGAUAAGAAGGAUCAUUUUUCCCAGGAACUGUGCACCCAGGAGUCUUGAGCCUUGUGCUCCGAAUAUCAAAGCGUACGGAGUUAUGGAUGUGGAGUUGGUUGCAGUUUGUGCAUCCCCGGUGUGCUGCUAGAAUAAAAAAUCCUAAAUAAAAAUAAUAUUUCAGUUCACUUUCUUUUAUAGAAAGUAAAAUAAGGGAGAACCAUGACAUCUUCAUGCCGUAGAAACAAUGAAUCAUUGAUCAGAAAUUAGAAAACUAUAUAUAUGUUUUGUGGCCCU